CUUCUCCUUCUUCAAUUUCUCAGAGAUUUUGAUUAUUGUUGAAUUCUAUCAUCCAUCACAUCUUUCCUUGAAGAACAGUUUCGAUCAAUAAUGCCAUAACGCACAGCUAAAGCAGUUACCUUCCAUCCUAUAAAUAUUAUUUUAUUGCAUGAGAAAACCAAUUCCAUCCAGACAUACCAAAAAUGGGAAACGAGCUUCGAGUUGUGAUGCUUCCAUGGUCUGCCUUUGGCCAUUUGAUGCCCUUCUUUCAACUCUCCAUAGCCUUGGCCAAAGCCAAAGUUCAUGUCUCCUACAUAUCCACCCCAAGAAAUAUUCAAAGGCUCCCCAAAAUCUCACCUGAUUUACAACCUUUCAUACAUUUGGUCCCCAUUCCAUUUCCUCGUUUCGAUCCUGACUUCUUGCAGGAAGGAGCCGAGGCGAGUAUCGAGGUACCCUUCGAAAAAACCGAAAACUUACAGAUGGCAUACGAUCUUCUUCAAACACCCAUCAAGCAUUUCAUUGCGGAUCAAAUGCCGGAUUGGAUAAUUGUCGAUUUUGCUGCCCAUUGGGUGGUUGAAAUUGCCAAAGAGUAUGGUGUCCCACUUGCCUACUUCUCUGGUUUCAGUGCUGCAACCAGUGUUUUCUUUGGCCCACCUGAAUAUCUCACUGGUGCAAACAGAAACUAUGCUCUCCCAUCACCACAAAGCUUGACAUCUCCACGAGAAUGGGUCCCUUUUCCUUCUUUGGUGGCAUUGAAGGAGCAUGAAGCCAUUUCUGUGCCUCAAAGGUCUUUCGCACCAAAUAGUACAGGGAUAAGUUUUAUGUCAAGGAUUGCCAAGAUCAUAUCAGCAAGUCAAGUUUUGGUGAUUCGUACUUGCAGUGAGAUUGAAGGAGACUACUUGGAAGUGUACAAGAAAAUUACUGGAAAGCCAGUGAUUCCCAUUGGUGUGCUUCCUCCAGAUCAACCUGGGAAAAGGGAAAAAGGGGAAAUAAACUCCGAUGGGGCUAUGUUUGAUUGGCUGGAUAAGCAAAAACCCAGGUCAAUUGUGUUUGUGGGUUUUGGGAGUGAGUGUAGGCUGAGCAAAGAACAAGUUCAUGAGAUAGCUCAUGGGCUGGAGCUAUCAGAAUUGCCAUUUAUUUGGGGACUCAGAAAACCCAAUUCAGCUAACAGUGAUGAUGUAGAUGAUUUUCUGCCUUUAGGUUUUGUUGACAGAACAUCAGAGACAGGGCUUGUUUGCUUUGGAUGGCUGCCCCAAAUGGAAAUUUUGGGGCACCCAUCAAUUGGGGGCUCUUUGUUUCACUCUGGAUGGGGUUCUGUGAUUGAGACUCUGCAAUUUGGGCAUUGCCUUAUUGUGUUACCCUUCAUGUAUGAUCAGCCUUUGAAUGCAAGGCUUUUGGUAGAGAAGGGUCUGGCUGCCGAAGUGAAGCGCAACGAAGACGGGUCGCUUAGUAGAGAGGAAAUAGCAAAAACACUGAGGCUAGCAAUGGUGGAAGAGGAAGGAGAGCACUUGAGAAGCAAUGCGAGGAAAGCUGCUGCAGUUUUUGGAGAUCACAAGCUGCACCAAGACCACUACAUCGCUGCAUUUGUUGAUUAUCUUAAAAAUAAUGUUGCGAAUUAAAAGGUGAUCUAUCGAUCAUCCCAGAAUCAUGGCAUUAAAAGGUGAUCUAUCGAUCAUCCCAGAAUCAUGGCAUAUGGAUCGCCAUUGAGUUAGGUAGUAGCUCCUGUUUGCAACUUGGACACUGUUGUCUGAGUCAUUUCCUGGUUAAUUAUCUAGCUUUAUCCUUUUGUGUUCAUGUGAAUCAUGUAUUGUUUCAGUUUUCUACUUGCUAUUAAUCAAUCAAACAAGGGUUUGUUGCCAAAUA